UACCGUUAGACUUAUCACAAGCUGUUUUCUGUUCUGCGAGGCAAAUUAUUUUGAGACUCAACAAUCAAAGAAUCAAAGAAUCCAUAGCUCGUUUUACGGAUUUUCAUUGCUUUUAUUGUAUCCAGGGAUCUUCCUUUGGAGCUAGUAUUUGAUCUUUUAAUUUUAUAUUCUGUUCAACAUAUGUCUGUAUCAAUUAUGAACAGGUGAUUAUUUAAUGGGCUUUCAAUCUUGCAGAAAGCCAUUUAUCAAUAGCUUCAUUUCUGGAACGGCUAUCAAUUGAUAGAAUGGGGUAUAGAUAAUACAUUUUGUUGAAAUUGGACGUUGGAUCAAAGAAUGGGCAUAACUGUGUUCGUUGAUACAGGAAGCUGUUAAGCGUCAAGCGGAACAAAUACUAGCAGACUGUAGAUAAACAGUAUUAAAUACUGUUUACUUUAAAAAGUGUCGGCUUUUGUUUUAUUAGAUAGAUUGACUUAAUGCCAGACUUAAAUAGAAAUACACAAACAAAACGAGGGUCAAUGGUGUUUUUAUCAUAAAUCUGUGCACAAACUUGAUUAUUUUUUUCACAUUUCCUCUGACUACGAAUAUCACAUCAACAUGUCAGCUCAUUGCAUGACAAUUAUUUACACAUGUGCUAUCCUACUAUCAGCUAGUUUGUUAAAAAUCACAGGACUAUUUUCUCACAAUGCCUUUUUACCCGGGUAUUAUUUAAAAGGAAGCGUUAUAAUUGCAAAAUAUAUGUCGGUUUCAUGGGAACAGUGCGUUGAGUUUUGUUUAGCGAGGUCCAAAUGCCUUUCCAUAGAAAUGGAGGUUCGUCUCCAUUUAUGCCGGAUGUUUUCAAGCAAUAUAUUAUCAAAUGGUGUGGAGCUAAGACGGAAACCAGGUGUAUGGCUUGGCGAGAAAAGGCAUUGGGACAAGGUGACUAUCGACAGCCAAUGUCUUGCUGCCUGCUCUUCAUCAGAGAUGUGUUUCAUAAAUGGAUCAACCAUUUGUGCAAUAACUGAAUGUGGUCAACCUCCUAUACUUGACACUACAAGCGUGAUCCUUGGCUCGGAGCUCUAUGUUGGGUCAGUGGUUCAGUAUAAAUGCAUAGAUAAUGAGAUCGUUACAGCUAUGUCAGAAUGUAAUAUUGAUGGUCAGUGGUCACUACAAGAGUUUACUUGUCCAAUAGCUUUCGAGUGCCAGGAUGGCUGGAUCCAGUUUCAAGACUCGUGCUACCUAUUUCAAGAUAUUGACGAAAAUUUCGACACGGCAAAGCAAAACUGCAAAAGGAAAGGCGCUCGAUUGGUUAUUGUGGAAACAGCUGAAGAGAAUAGGUUUUUACGUGGUAUACUAAGUAGCCGUCCAAUGAACGACUAUUGGAUAGGAAUGAUUUCUUCAUCAUCAGCUUUAGAAGGCUGGAAAUGGUCAGAAACCGACGAAGAUGUGACGUUCUUUGACUGGGCCCCUGGUGAACCGGAUAGAAAUGAUGAGGACUGUGUCGUAUUUGGCGAUACCAAAGGGUAUAGAUGGGCAGAUGUACGUUGUUAUUCGACAAGAAAUAUUUUAUGUGAAAUUGAAAACUUAGCAAAAUGAGCGGGUGAUAUGCAUGCUUUAAACUGUACACAAAGACCGAUUUUUGGUAUUUUAGCAUACUUGUUAAAAGUCAGCCCUUAUAACGUUUUACUGUCUAAGAAGAUAACGUCCAAUUAUCCUUUGCAGAUGUUUCCAUUUUAAGUGCUUUACUUGAUGUAUGAAAAAAAAAGAAUUUUAUGUUUUUAGGCUUUUUGACCUCAGUGGAGCUCCUUUGACUGAUUAUGAAGA